AAAACGAGAAAAAAAAUCGUAGCGAAAGAGAGAAAUUACGACGUCUGCAGGGCCGUAGCGAAAAAAGCAGCAAAUACUGAGACAGAGUGACUAUGAUUGUUGUUAAGUGAAAGCAGCACUUUGGAAAACGGCCAGGCCAGCGCCAAAGGGAAAGCAGCGGAGUCAGCGUUCGAAAAUCGAGCCAGCGGAAAGCGAAUCAAAGCUGGAAGGCGAUAAAGCGGCUCACCAGGCACAGGCAAGGCACCACCACCACCACCACCAUCACAAGCAACACCAACAACAACAGCACCACAGCAGCAGCAGCCAGGGAAAGUGCGAGAGUGUGCGUGUGAGUGCAAGUGCGAGGCGAGGGAGUGUGAGUGAGUAAGAGUAAGUGUGUGGGCAGUGGAAACUGAACGGAACUGAGCCGAGAGAGAGCGAGAGAGGAAGAGAGAGAGAGAGAGAGCGAGAGCGGAGUGCCAUAGUGGAAGUGGGAGCGGGAGAGGAGCAGUCCUAUUCCGAAUCCCGGAAUAGAAAACCAGGAGCAGGAAGAUCAGGAAUAGAAGGGGGAAGAGGAGCAGCCACCGGAAGCCCCGACCAUGUCUUCGAGUAACCAGAGCAGCAGCGCUGCCCAGGCGGCAACAAGUGCCCGCACCGCCGGUGCCAAUGCCAGUUCCAGUGCCGCAGAAGCCACAGAUGCCAAUAGUACCGCCUCGAACAACAACAACAAUAAUAAUAAUAGCAGCAGCACCGCUGCAGCGGGCGGCGCCACCUCGCAGAGCAACAACAGCGAAAACAGCAGCAGUCCCACCACUGGAACGGGCACAGCAGCGGGCACUGGAAAGCUGCACGGCGGCCACACGGCGGUAAACACCAAGGAGCGGGUGGUGGACAGCGUCCCCUUCCCGCCCAGCCACAAGCUGACCUUGGCGGAGGUGUUCGACCAGCGGACCGGUAAGCCCAACCACGAGCUGCUCAAGCAGCACUUCAUUUUGGAGGGCAGAAUCGAGGAGGCGCCCGCCCUGAAGAUCAUCCAGGAUGGAGCCGCCCUGCUGAGGCAGGAGAAGACGAUGAUCGACAUCGAGGCGCCGGUGACGGUGUGCGGCGAUAUCCAUGGCCAGUUCUACGACCUGAUGAAGCUGUUCGAGGUGGGCGGUUCGCCGGCCAGCACCAAGUAUCUGUUCCUUGGUGACUACGUCGAUCGGGGCUACUUCAGCAUCGAGUGCGUCCUGUAUUUGUGGUCGCUGAAGAUCACCUAUCCGCAGACGCUGUUCCUGCUGCGCGGCAACCACGAGUGCCGGCAUUUGACCGAGUACUUCACCUUCAAGCAGGAGUGCAAGAUCAAGUACUCGGAGCGCGUGUACGACGCCUGCAUGGACGCAUUCGACUGCCUGCCGCUGGCGGCGCUCAUGAACCAGCAGUUCCUGUGCGUCCACGGCGGCCUGUCGCCCGAGAUCCAUGAGCUGGAGGACAUCCGGCGACUCGACCGCUUCAAGGAGCCGCCCGCCUUCGGCCCCAUGUGCGACCUGCUGUGGUCCGAUCCGCUGGAGGACUUUGGGAACGAGAAGAACUCGGACUUCUACACGCACAACUCCGUGCGCGGCUGCUCGUACUUCUACAGCUACGCCGCCUGCUGCGACUUCCUGCAGAACAACAACCUGCUGUCGAUCAUCCGGGCGCACGAGGCGCAGGACGCCGGCUACCGCAUGUACCGCAAGAGCCAGACCACCGGCUUCCCCUCGCUGAUCACCAUCUUCUCGGCGCCCAACUAUCUCGACGUGUACAACAACAAGGCGGCGGUGCUGAAGUACGAGAACAACGUGAUGAACAUCCGGCAGUUCAACUGCUCGCCGCACCCGUACUGGCUGCCCAACUUCAUGGACGUGUUCACAUGGUCGCUGCCCUUCGUGGGCGAGAAGGUCACCGAGAUGCUGGUGAACGUGCUGAACAUCUGCUCCGACGACGAGCUCAUGACCGAGGAGAGCGAGGAGCCGCUCUCGGACGACGAGGCGGCGCUGCGCAAGGAGGUCAUCCGCAACAAGAUCCGUGCCAUCGGCAAGAUGGCGCGCGUCUUCUCCGUGCUGCGCGAGGAGUCCGAGUCGGUGCUGCAGCUGAAGGGCCUGACGCCCACGGGCGCCCUGCCCCUCGGCGCCUUAUCCGGCGGCAAGCAGUCGCUCAAGAACGCCAUGCAGGGCUUCUCGCCCAACCACAAGAUUACCUCGUUCGCGGAGGCCAAGGGCCUGGAUGCCGUCAACGAACGGAUGCCACCGCGGCGGGAUCAGCCUCCCACGCCCAGCGAGGAUCCGCACGCGCACAGUCAGCAGGGCGGCAACAAUGGGGCCGGGCACGGGUAAGCUGUGCCCUCUUGUGCGGCUGCCGAACACGGAUGCAGACGCGGUGCGGAGGAGUCUGGCGAGGAGUGGUCUGGAGGAGGGGCCGAGUGGAGCGGAGCGGAGGAAACACAAAGAACACCAACCGAACGGAACCUUAAUUAAGCUUAAUGUGGCAGAGCAACAACUUAAAUACUAAAACCAAUUCUAAUUCUAAGUAAUUGUCAUUACCCCCUUGCAUUUCGUAAGUGAUCCCGCGCCAGCUCCAUGCCCACGUCCAUGUCCAUGGCCCAGAGCCUCCAAACCGACGGCACGGAGCAGAGAUUUGUUUUUAAGCGGGCGCGCGCACAUUGGAUAUUAGAAUUAUGUGUGGCAUACUUUGGCGCGCCGGCCCCCCAGGAAAAUUCCCUUUCUCGAUAGCAGAAAACCAACCGUAACCCAUAACCUAGCUUAAGUUGUAAUGUAUAAACUGAAAUGGGAAAAUUUUAAAGUGAAAAAUGAACAAAACCGAAAGCAAACCCCCUACAACCCCAGCAAAAAAAAUAUAGGAAGCGAAGAACCCCUAGAAGCAAGAAUCACUAACCUAAAUGAAGAGAUAGGAAAAAAAUCCAGCGCUAAUCUGUUCCAAACAUUUAGCAGCGCCAAAAAGAAGCGUACAUAUAUGUAUACAUAUGAUUAUAUAGAAAUAUUCGAAGUAUAAAGCCGAGAUGUAACCGAAAGUGUAAUGAAAUUCAAAAUGAACAAAGGUCAUUUUUGUAAUAAUCGUAAUCCUUGAACUCUAGAAAUGUAAUCUUGCAUAGAAACAAAACAAAAAACGAAAACAAUUUUGAAACCAUUUGCAAUAUGUGCCGCAAUAGUCCAUAAAUGUUCCUUAUACGAAUUAAACAUUGAAAGUGAAACCAGAGUUUAUUUUUUUUUUAAUAUAUUAAAAUAUAUGUAUAUGUAUAAUUGUUGCAUAAUCUAACAUUCGAUUUAAUAUGUUACAUUUUUGCGUGUACGACUGUGUGUGUAUAAAUACUUGCGUUUUAUCAGUUGCUUGUCAAAUGAAAACAGCAAGGAAACAAUAAGGAUAAAACCGAAAUACCGAAGAGAUCAUAAUCGUUGUUUGAGGAUCAAGUCUAGCUAAUUAAUCAAUUAAUGAAUACGAUCGAUUACAUGACGUAAAUGCAUUUUAAACAACACACUCACACACAGAGAGAGAGGGACGGAUCGUUAACCAUUUUAAUAGCAAAUCAAAUAUUUAACUAAUAAAUUACUAUGUAAACUUAA